AUCAGGUUUAAGAUGGGCCACUAGGUCCUAUAAAACCCUCAAGAUAUUUCAUUUGUAGACAAGCGAGUCGCCUUAAACCCUAGCUGCCUUCUCCUCAUUUCUCUCUCUUAAACCCUUUUUCAUCUUCUUCUUCAAUCAGUAAAAUGGCAUUCUUCAAUAAAAUCGGGAGUCUUGUUAGCCAGACAAACUUGAAAACAUCAGUUCCUUCAAUGUUUAAUACCAUUCGAGGAAUGGCGUCAUCUAAGCUUUUUGUUGGAGGUCUUUCAUAUCAAACUAGUGAUGAUUCGUUAAGAGAUGCAUUUUCCAGCUUUGGAGAUGUUACUGAGGCUAGAGUUAUCUUUGACAGAGAUACACAGAGGUCCAGGGGUUUUGGGUUUGUGAGCUUUGCUGAUUCUGAAUCUGCUAGCUCGGCAAAGUCAGCCAUGGAUGGUCAGGAACUAGAAGGGCGUAACAUUCGUGUGAGCGAAGCAACUGAACGUCCUCCUCGUGAAAACUUUGGAGGUGGUGGUGGCUACCGUGGUGGAUAUGGUGCUGGUGGAGGAAAUGAUGGAUUCUAGUUGCAUUCCCUAACACUGAUUUUGUCAUGAGCACCGUGGCAUAUGCCUGAUUGGCAAAAUAUCAGAGUUAUUAGAAACUUUAAUAUGCCUUCUGAUGUUUGUUUUUGUUAAUUUAGAAAGAAUGCAUGGAGGGAACCAUGUAAUCAAACGUAGCGGCUUUAUUUUAUUGAUAUUUGAACUCAGAAAGUAUGGUUUAUGCUUCAACUAUUUUGUGGUCAAUAUAAGCUUAUUUGCUC